AUGCGACAAGCUAAACUGUACAUUGUCGAUUCGGAUUUCUUCGUCGGUCGAGCUUUACCAGCGCUUCCUAAUGUCAAAUACAUCGGAGGAAUAGCUACCCAGGUGGCAGGAACUCUAAAAGGAAAAAUUUUGGAAUUUGUUACUGCUUCUAAACAUGGAGUCAUCGUCGUCUCUCCAGGAAGUCUUGUCAGUUGGGGCAUUCACGUAAAGAAAAUGGAAGAAGCGUUCAAUCAGAUCAAAUACGAUGUCGUCUGGAAACAUUCAAAUUCUUAUUAUUCCCGCGCAAAUGUUCAUCUAACAAAAUGGCUGCCCCAAAACGAUCUUCUUGGUCAUCCAAAUACAAAAUUGUUCAUCACCCAUUGUGGCAACAGUGGCCAAUAUGAAACUGGCGACGAAGGUAAUCUAUCUAUCUAUCUAUCUAUCUAUCUAUCUAUUAAGUUACCUAGCAUAUUAUGCAAAUUAAAUCUAUCUAUCUAUCUAUCUAUCUAUCUAUCUAUCUAUCUAUCUAUCUUACCAAGUUUGUUCAUUAUCUAUCUAUCUAUCUAUCUAUCUAUCUAUCUUACCCAGUUUGUUCAUUAUCUAUCUAUCUAUCUAUCUAUCUAUCUAUCUAUCUAUCUAUCUAUCUAUCAAGCUCUGCUUUUUGGUCUGUACUUCAGUUUCUUUUUGGCUGCUGAUUCGUUGACCGUGGGACAUCCUUCUGGGGAGGAGGGUUUCCAGCCUUUUGUUCUCUCCUCACUACUUCUUUCCAUCCGCUGA